AUGGCUGAUCCGAAAAACGAAAUGGGUACCGAAGCUGGCACAGCAAUGGACAGCGAAAGCGGUAGAGACUCCUCACUGAUUACCAAGUAUCCUUUUCUGUAUAGUAAAGCAGCGCAGCCGGAACAGGACUCGGAAUACGACGAGUGGGCCUGGAAUCAGAUUUCGAAGGAGUUUAAUGCCAGCUACGAGAACUUGCCGCUGAGUGCCCCCUUCUCGGCAGACGAGCUGCAGUGGCGUUGGAACUUGCUGCUACCGACCAUGGGCACCCUUUCGAAGGCGAAGGGACAAAUUCCCUUUCAACUGUGGUCCCUUGUAACGGAGAUCGAACGCUCGCUAAGUACAGAAAAUUUGGAACCACCCAGGGACUUGAGUAUGGCCCAGAACUUUCUACUCACUCAGCUGCCAUUGGUGGAGGCCAUGACGCUCAAUGAGCGUCGGCGACUGGAAGUCGAGUUCCUCGAUAUCUUAUUCCAACACGAAAUGGAGACACAUGCGUCCGUACCACUGGGUCCCGAAGAGCAGGCCUUAGUCAAGACCGAAUACGAUGAAUUCCUCAGAUCUGUUCGGGUCAAGGAGCUGCCCAUAUCGGCUCUGGCAGAACUCUCGCUUGAUGGUCCUCAGUACAAACCAGUCCAACCAAAAAUCGCACACACUUUUGCCAUCCCAGGUCCCCGUCCCAGAACCAAUCUGGUCAUUAGCAGUGUGUCUGGUGGCCAGGAUCUCAUAAAUGUCCCGACGGCGACUGUUUUCAUACCGAUUCAAGCUUUCACGAGCAAUGUGGUUGGACCCAUUAAUCACGCGCCGGACGUUUCGACACCGCUUGAUAUCAAUGUGAUUGGUGCCAAGAAGGAACCCGUUGAGUGCCCGCCGUCUGUUUCACCACCGCUGGACAUUAAGACAGAGGUGGAGGUGGCCCUUGCGGCCAUUGAGCUUGCCAUUGAGAUGGAAAAUCCCGAUGAUGCCACUCUAAAUCCUAAUCCGCGGUAUAUACCGAUCAAGAGCGCCAAGUACUACACAAAGAAGCUACUCGUUCGGGUGAAGCGCAUUGAUCAGGACUAG